AUGAAAAUCCUUGAGCGGUUUUCUCGAGAAAGCGGCAGAAAGACAGGAAGUAAAGAAGCAGAAGAAAUUUAUGGGAGAGAGAGAGGGGGAGAGGGCGAAGAGAAGGCGAUAUUUCCAGAAGCAGAAGAAAGGAUCUGUAGUGGGAGACGAAAAAUGAAGGAGAUCUCUGUACGAGGGAGAUCAUUCCGUCUUAUUCUGUUCUUUUAUUCAAUUCUUUUGCAAUUCGUUUCAGGCUUCUCAGACAAUCCACCGGGUCCCAAAAAUGAGACAAAGGUUGAUGCUCAUACCACUUCUGGCAAUGGCUCGGGGUCAGAAAUACUCGUAAUAUUCAUAGUGAUUAUAGUGUUUGGACUGUUAGUAUUUUUCCUCUUCAAAGUUUGGCAAAAGAAAAAACGUGAAGAUCAAUAUGCUCGUCUGCUAAAAUUGUUUGAAGAGGACGAUGAGCUUGAGCUUGAGCUUGGCCUUCGGGAUUGAAUGUUUGCUGAACACGUUAUUUUUUAUGUAUUAAGGUGAGGAUUAUCUCUUUAGUGUUAGUACACACAUACUUGUACUUCAACUUCUACCUCUAGUUUCAAGUGGAAUAUUAUACAUCUUCUGUUUCUCGGCUUAGCAAUGUGAAUAUCCUGAGUUCUUUUAUCUGUUUA